AUGGACUCGACCGACGCUCCAUCGAUUAGUCGAGUCGUGAGUCGCCCGCUGAUCGCACCGAGCCAGGCCAGGAUCGUCCCCUCUCGGCUGUCACUCUCGGUCGCACGCGCACUCGACGAGUCACUGACGCGUGCGGCAAGCUUCGAAUGGUCGCACAGUAUGCCGAUGCCAACACCGAACGGGGUGCGACGUGGUAUGACUAUGAUCAGUUGGCGAUUUCGUGGUCAGUAUCAGUCCAUUCCCAAGCACACACCCCGAACUUCGAAGCCAAAGUCCAACAGGAGCGGUGGUCAAGCAGGGACGAAAGGUGAUUGGGGGCAGCUCGACAGGUACUAAUGACUGUUCGGUCGGUGUGGAUUGUUACAGGGGUAACCAAGAGCAGUACGAGAUCGUCAAUCGAUUAGGGUUUGUCGGCCUGCCAAUCGCCGUGCGCACCGAGACGACCCAUUGACCCGCAUGCGGUUUCCCCGGCGCACACACAGUCGAGGAAAAUACUCCGAGGUGUUUGGUGGUGUCGACGUUUGCCAUGGCUAUCGAAAGAUCUGUAUCAAGGUCUUGAAGCCGAUCAAGAAGAAGAAGGUCAAGCGGGAACUCAAGAUCCUCAUGGUCAGUGUUCAGGGCCGUGACUGCCUCGAAUCUCCAUUCAAAUACAAGCUCGCUAUCCCUCAGAACCUCCGAGGUGGUCCCAACUGCAUCGAACUGCUCGACGUCGUCCGUGAUGCGCGCAGCAAUACCCCAGCCUUGAUCACCGAAUUCGUCAACAACAUGGACUCGAAAUUGCUCUAUCCGACCUUUAGCGACUAUGACGUGCGGUACUACAUCUACGAAUUGCUCAAGGCGUUGGAUUACUGUCAUUCCCACGGGAUCAUCCACAGGUCUGUGCUAGGUCGGAAAUGAGAAUGAUCUGCGACAGCGGAAUUGCUGAUUGCGCUUGCCCGGCCGAACAAGGGACGUGAAGCCGCUCAACAUUCUCAUAGAUCAUCAGCAGAAGAAACUGAGGCUAGUGGAUUUUGGAUUGGCCGAGUUUUACAUCAAGGGUGAGCGCGAGUGCCUCCUGGCUUGCAUUAUCCGCGCCGAUGGGUGCUCACCGGUCCCUGUCAAUGUUUUGGCAGGCGUCGAGCUGAAUGUCCGGGUUGCGUAAGUCCCACUCACAUGGUGCAAAUGGAGCGAAGAGCAUGUCGGAACUCACCGACACAAGUCAUUACGCAGCUCUCGGUACUACAAAGGUCCGGAAUUGCUUGUCGAGUUCGGAUACUACGACUACUCACUUGAUAUGUGGUCCGUCGGCUGCACGUUCGGGUCCAUGGUGAGUCAUUGAAGCGACAACACGUCGACUGGGUUACAGCUGAACGGUGUUAUGCAUAACUGGGGCCCCAGAUCUUCCGCCGAGACCCCUUGUUCCAUGGCCACGACAAUAACGAUCAGUUAUGCAAAAUCACCCGGGUGCUCGGCACGACCGACUUUUGGGCCUAUCUCGAUGUGAGCUUGUCAGCGAUGGCCACUUUGUGCGGAGGAUUAGUACAAGGGACGUAUACUGAUUGUUGGUCUGUCGAGGUUUGACCCAGAAAUACCAAAUCGAGAUCGAUGCUAAUCUCGACGCCUUGAUCGGCACCCACUCGCGCAAACCUUGGCUCAAGUACCUCACCAGUGGUACGUUUGCUCAGCACAGCUCUGAAACCCCCAAAAACUCUUCUCAACACACGUAGGAUCUCUGGAACUGAUUCUCUUUCUAAUAGAGAAUCAACGAUUCAUCUCAAACGAAGCUAUCGACCUCCUCGACAAGUUGGUGCGCUACGAUCAUCAGGAGAGGUUGACGGCCAAGGAGGCGAUGCAACACCCUUACUUUGCUGCGGUGGCGCAGGCGGAUCAGGAGCGACAACAGGGGGAACAGGGGCAGUGA